AUGUAAUAGCCAUUAUAAUAAAACACCAUGCAGAGUUCAAAAGCAAAGUUAUCAUCUUUAUCCGUAGAAGUUAUAGAAUCUGCAGUUGAGGCAGUCCAGAUCUACGAUCAUUUCACUGGGGAAAGCUAGUAUGCUAUCAUAUAGAAGGCUGAUAAGAGUUAAUUGGCAUAGUUAGGAAUUACUUUGAAGAAUACAGUAUUAUUGGAAAAGGGCAGGGUGCUGGAUUCAAACUAGACUUCCAAAUUACUGUCUUAAAUAGAUAACCAGAAAAAAGGGAGUGAUGCUCAAUAAAUCUCAAUUAAAUACGAAGAUAAUAGUGAAUAUUUAAGAAAUUAAAACAGAGUUCAGAAAUCAAUUCCAUUUAAAAUUGGUGACUUUGACCAAUAAAUGGGGGAAAUCAUUUAAGUUGAGAUCUUGUCUAAUGAAUAAUUGGAUAAUUAAUAACAGGGGUAUUAGCCCUAAGAGCAAAAUCAUGUUUAGUAACAAAUCGUUUUUGAGUAUAUUCUCUUAGUAAUUUUAUAUGCUGGUGGAAUAUCUUAAGUGAAAAACAUCUACCUAUAAUUAUUUGAUUCAUUAUUAUUUGGAGUAGUAAUACAUAGUGGAGUUAAAAGAUAGCAACUUUUUACUUUAACUCAUCUGUUUAUUAAUCUAAGCAUCAUAUUGGGAUGCUGCCUGAUAUAUACUUUAGGGAUUUACUUAAGGUUUCAAAUUUUCAUAAUUGGGGGACUGGUUUUAUCAUUUUAGAAAGUGAAUCCCAAUUUGUAAAUGGUAAUAAUUCCAUUGACUACUUUGCUGAAUAUAUUUAUAAUCUGA